AUAGUAUAGGUUUUAAGUAAUUGGUGGUAACGAAAUCCCUGACUUAUUAAUUUACCUGUAAUAGUGAUAUUACGCUCAUUGAAAUCCAAAACGUCACUACAAACACGGACAUAGCGAACGAGUUGGGAUAUAUAAACACCGUAAGACAGUGCCAAAGGAACAUCACCGUCAAAAAAAGAUAAAUUAACAAUAGGAAAAGAAAAAUCAUCUCUUUUGUCGUACAUUUUUGUGUAGAGUACUGGUGUAAACCUGAAAUAUCUAAUUCUAGGAAAGGACAGUUAUUGCUGUUAAUAUUUGAUUUAUUUAAAGUAAGUUCCAUUGGGUAAAUGUUUGCAGUAUAUUUAUGAUUCUUGAUUAUUUAACGAAAGUGUUGUUGAAUUUAUCAAUUAAAUGGAAUUUAGACGGAUCUUUACUGAGUUUGGCCAUAAACUGUGAUUCAUUCAGUACAGGAACACUUCUGCUAUUAAAGGGACACAACUGGUGCCCAAGGGAAAUUUACAACUUGUCGAUACACUUUAUUGCCGAAACGAACAUAGAUGUCGUCAAGGAGAAAAUUUACGGCUUUAAAAAUCUCAUCACACACCCAGUAAGUAUAUCUAGCAUAUUUACCUUUCUCAAUGGAGAAAAAAAUUUAUUCGAGUUGAAGAAAAUGAAUUCACAAUCAGAUUUAUCAAACGAACAUUUGAUUAAAUAGGAAACCUUUUGUUUGAUAAGAUUGUGUGGAAGUGUAGUAGAAAGAGUGGAAAAGUGAAAACUGUCAACCGAAUCAAAAGAACCAUCAAAAGCAUGUAAUUCAUCUGAAACAUCAAAAGAUUAUUUUACACUCCAAAAAUGGUUAGUUCCACUAUUUUCAUAUGUUUUAUUUCAAAAAUUAAUGAUAAGUUCUUUGAAAUUAGUUAAGGAACUCGUUGAAAGUACUGAAAAAUUAGUAGUAGAACACUUACUAGAGGCUGAGAUGAAACGAUAUUUUACGUUUUUUUUUGUGUAGUUAAACCUUUAUCAAUGGCAAUCAUGCUACAUCUUCUUUAUUAUAGAAAAUAAUAUACCUGUUGACUUGUCAGGUGUUAUGGUAUUUUCCUUUUUUUUAAUUUACCUUAGAGUUCGGUAUUUUUUGUUAAUACAUUUUUAUUCAAUUAUUUUUGGUAAAUUAGCGGAUUGUUUUAUUUCUCGUUGACUUUUUAUUACAUUUUAGUAUUAUUUCAGUAGAUUUUAUUAUAUGAAUUGGGUUUGAAUAAAACAGCGUAUUCAGCGCAAAUAAAUAUUAAAAAUUGAUAUUUACCGCGCAAAACGGUAUGUUCAAUCUGGGGAAAAGUGUAGAAUUGAUUUCCACCGUGCCAAACGUCACGUACAGUCCAAAGAAAACAUUAACAAGUGCUAUUCACCGCGCUUAACGUCAUGGGCUUUUACAUGUAAUAUUAUGAUAAAAUCCUUUACGAACAGUUGGUUUUGGUACAUAUGUGUCAUUAAAUGCAUUUUGUUUCUCGGAAUAGAAUAAUAUGUGUAUUUUUUUCCGUAAAUAUUUCGUUUAAUUGAAGAUGCAUCUUUAUAUUAUAUAACCAUAUUAAACUAAUGUUACAUUGGUAAGAACCAUACUCAUUUUUAUAAAAAUACACAGAAAUUGAAAUCAUCAAAAUGCUAUGCUCUUUUGUACACAAUAUAGUGAGUUUGGUUGUUUGAUAUAACAACAGGGUUACUAUUCUUUUGAUCUCAGUUUUUAGUUUUCUAUGCUGUGUUUUGUGUAUUGUUGUUUGUCUUUUUGUCUUUUUUCGUUUUUUGCUAUGGCAUUGUCAGUUUGUUUUCGACUUAUAAAUUUAAAUAUCACUUUGAUAUCUGGCGCCUCUCUUUAACUAAUAACAAAAUGUUUUUGAAUUUUUUGUUUUCAGUUCUCUUUUGGUCCGAGCGGCAUUAGUGUGAUUUUGUGGACGAACCUGAUAUUGUUCAUGAGUUUUUACUUCAUGAAAAGGUAUAUUGAUGAGUUUUAUUACAUGGACAUGAUGUGCUUUCACUCAAUAGCCGUUUUUUUUAUACUAUAUCUUUUCUUUAAUUCUACCCUUAUGAACAAUAAAGGCAACAGUAGUAUACCGCCGUUCAAUAGUCAUAAAUCGAUUAAGCGAAAACAAAUCCGGGUCACAAACCAAAACCGAGGGAAACACAUCAACUAUAAGGGGAAAACAACGGAACAACAGAAACACUGAACUGCUACAAAAACAAAUGCCAACAUACAUAGAAACAGACUAUUUGAUAACAACUGCCAUAUUCCUGACUUGGUACAGGACAUUUUAUGAAAAAAAUGGUGGGUUGAACCUGAUUUUAUGGCUAGCCAAACUUCCUCUUAUAUGACCGCUAAAAUGACAACAUUAAGUGACAGGAAUACAGUACAAAUAAACGCAAGAACAGUCAGGACAGAGAAAUACAUAAAUACAUAAUAUAAUAGUACAUUACAACAUGUAAACCACAGAAUAACAACGGACACCUCCCAUGAAUUUACGACAGUACACCAGGAUACCACUAUAGAAUUAUAAACUGUGCGUCACACGAAUGUAUCAACGCCACAAAAAGUGACGUAAUUCUGUGACGUUUAUUUUAUCGCAGGUAAAUUUCUAAAAAAUAGAAUACAAAAUUGGGAUUGAGUUUGUAAUGGUGUUAUUUUAUGUAUUUUCUAACCAUGACAAGAAUAUUAAAAUGGAAUUGUGUUUGUAAUGGUGUAAUUAUUUGUGUUUACACUUCCGAAACAUGUGUUCUGAGCAGGAUAGCUGGUGAUUAAUGACAAAUUGGAUAUUUCAAAUUUUACUUCGAUCUCCAUUAAUGAGUAAAAAAAUACCAGUCAAUGGUGUUUAUGAUUUUCAGUUGAUACGCUGUAUGAAUAUGACCGUUCAUUGGAUACUACAGAGUUACAAGUUACUAAAAUUAAUUGGUUUCACUAUACACAUGUUUCGAAAGUGUAUUUCUCAGAAUGAUCGUUACAAGAAUUUUAAAUGUUGAAGACCAAUAAAUCCUAUGUAAGGACACACAAAAUGAUUACAAUAUCAACAAGGCAGUGCUGUGCAUUAAAACGAGAAUUUAACAAGUUUUUGCAAACUUAUAUUGUCUUGAUUUUCAUCUAUUUUACUACAUCCGAUACCAACUUCGACAAUUUAUUUUUCUUUAUUGAAGCGCAAGGCCAAAUGCAUUAAAAUCCAUAGCCUAACACAAAUUUUGAAGAGCAGGUAUAACCCAAAAGAACAAAACGUAUAGCGAAACCCGGAAAAGGAAUCAGAGCUAAUAUGUCAUUAUAUGUCAAUUGAUACCGUGCUUGCAUUACUACCGGGUUCUCAUAAUCUUCUUUUGUUACGAGUACUCGACAAUUUUUAAAAGAUUUCUUUCCGGCUCAUGUCUGUAUGAGGUAUCUUAAAAUGCAUACUUCAAUAUUUAAAAAACAUCGUUUUAUAUUUUACAAAUUUUAAGCAAUUUUAGUUUUAGCAAAAAUUGUUUUAUUCAUAUUUGUUUUUAUGAUAAGCAUUUUUAGGUAAGGUGCAAAACGUUUCAAUGAGCAUUUCAUAAGGGAGUGCAUCCUUAAACUUUCAAUAGAAGUUUUGUUGGAAAUUUCUGGUGGGAUUUUAUUCUAAUCUUUGGAAAAAGAAUGAGAAUUUGAAACAGUCUUUGUUACAUUGAAGUUGUAUGUAGAUUUGUUGAUAAGUUAAUCUUGUUUUCAACUGGCUUUUAGUUAGUGUGUCUUGCGAUAGUAUGACAAUGUCCUGGUAUAAAAUUUAAUGAAACAUUUGUAGUCUUGUUUUUGAAAUUUUGAAAAGUUGGCCAAUUUAAGUCAUGUAAAAUAUCAGAUACAUUGCUAGUAUUGUGAUAUCUUUUGUAAGCGUACCGUGCAGCUCUUCAUUGUAUUUGUUCCAAUCUGUUUAUAUUUUCUUAUGUAUUUGUGUCUCUAUAUGUGGAGAGAGAGAGAGAGAGAGAGAGAGAGAGAGAGAGAGAGAGAGAGAGCAAUAAUCCAUCCAUCAGCAGGAGUAGUCUUAAAAGAAACACAAAAUGUUUGAUGCACCAUGUGCGUAUUUUAAAAAGUCAUAUACAUGUGUAUAUUUAUAAGUAAUCUAGAUACACAGAUCCAACUGGAAAAUGUAAAUUGCUUCGUAUAAACAGUAACGAGUACACAAAAAAGAAAGUAAUUAAAUUAUCGCCUUUGUUGGAAACCUUUGUUUCGCUUCCGGGUAAGGAUCAAGACUAUAACCCGACUCCACACUUUAUAUAAGGUUUUAUCGAUAAUCGAUCCGUUGAAUGAUUUGCAAAGAUUAGUUUGUUUGUUGUUUUGUGGAAAUUAGCUUUAUACAAAGUCAUAUAUAUAUUUAUAAAUAUUUGUAACUAAAGCAAUUUUUGUGUUACAAAACUAUUGUCAAUCUAAAUCACCAAAUAAAUGAGGUUAUCGAUUUCGAGCACCACUGACGAAAAUAUUGUUUUUCGUAAUGCACAUAUCGUGCAUCAAAUUAAAUUCAACAUCUUGUAAUUUUUGUAUCACACUAGCAGUUUAAAAUACAAAACAGGAACCGUUACAUUUUGAAACACAUAAGGACUUUAACCCCCAAUCCUGAAUUGUAUAAAUAAUUCCCAUUUUGACAUCGGUAUUAUAUAAACUGUAUAGGUGACGCUGUUGUUGGACUCUCGGUCUGUAAAAUUACAGUUUACAUAGUAGCCAGUGGUUCUGAUUUAUGUUUUUCAUUCUUACUGUAAAUUGUGAAGGUGUUUUAAAAUUCAUGGCACAAUUUUCUUAGGCAAAGUUCACCUUGCAAAAUAGUGACCUUCCUGUUUUUGCAAUUUUCGUUUUUGAUGCUCUUCGAAGUUUUAUUUACUUCGCCAUUCACAUUUUGUGUCUUCGGCGUAUCUGAUGAAAGUUGAAACCGGUAUUAAAAGACAACAUUUCAUUUACGAAAUAGGCGUGAGUAAUAAUAAUAUUAUUACCUAAGAUUCUUCCAAAAUAUUAAUUCCACAUCAUAAUUUAUUUCAAAAUCAAGAAUACGAGAGAGACAAAUAUAUCUGCCUCUAAUCAUGUAGAUCUUAGUAUAGAAACUUUCCGUUGAUGAACAGGAGGGACAGCCUAUAAAAAUACAUCGCAGAGCAGGUUCUUAUAACUGUAGUGAGUAUGUUUAAUUUCAAAUGUAUUUACUAUCUUAAGAAAGGAAACGACUUCAACAUACCAGUUAAUAUAAUAUUUUGAUUAAAUAAAUUUAGAAAUUUUCGAUAUAACAAAGUGACGAGGAUAGGCAUCGAUGUAUAUUCGAUACUGGUUCCGUUAAUUUCAAUGAAAUACAACAAGCUCGUCGAUCUUUGAAUUGCAAUGUAAUGGAUAUAUAUCAUUACUUCAUGAAUCAAGUCCUUUAAAGAUGGCGUCUCAUAGACGUUAAGCUACCUUCUUCUCAUAAGUAAUAAAUUCAGACAAUGUCUUUGAUUAAAAAGUAGAAAGGUUGACUUUACUAAAUUUUAACUGUAGAAUAUAAUGGCUUACGAACUUAACAUCAAAACGGCCUAGCAGUAAAAAUAUGAGCAUUUUAUUCAUCUUUUAAACUCUUUUCGGUUACUGUAAACAAAACACAGCAAUUAAAAAGCGUUUUCCCCCCGAAAAAAAGACUGAAUUCUUAGUAUAAAUAAUGGUAAGUAAUUGGCAGUCAGCUAAUGUAUGGAUACUAGCUUAGUCCCAGUGUCCUAUAAGCUCGAUUCGGGUAUAGAUAAUAACUUCCAGGUAUUUAAAUAGGAAGUAUUCCCGUUACUUUUAAUAGAACCAGUUAUAUUUAACUUCCUUGAUUAUUUCCUAGGAAGACGUAAUACUCGGAUAGGAAAUUUAAAUAUCUACUAGAUAAUAUUUAUUUUUAAAAAUUAGAGUUUUACUUGAAUUAGUUUAAUAUCAUUAAAAACCUGAUCGAUUGAUUUUAAAAAGUUGCAAAUUUUUCUUAACACUUGCUCAAAUUUGGGAGUACUGCCUUUUUUCCCUUAUAUUGAAAACGCAUGGCUAUCUGGAUUUAACAAUUGCAACUAAUUCAAAUAAAAAUAGUUAAAAGACAUAUAAUUUGAGGACCGUGGACUUUGGGUUUGGCCAACGUCACAACCACCAUGAGGAUCUUAGUUAAAAACAGAGAAGAAAACCAUAUAAGCAGUUUUAAGAUCAAGAGACCCAGAAUGUAUAUUAACAUGAUGGACUUCAGUAAUGAUAGAGACGCCUUACUUAAUUACUACCAAGACCUUUUGAUAAAUAACCAGAUCAGUGCUUGUAAAAGACGUAAGCUGUCAGAUUCUGACCCAGGAGCAAAUGACUUAUUGUCAGAGGAAACAAGAAACAGAGAGUCUUCUUUGGACUCCCCAUCUUCUACAUCUUCAACAGCAAGCAGUGAACAGGGAAGUGAUUCUGAUAAUCCACCAUUGAAGGAUGUUACAAAAGAAAAGGUCAAUAGUAUUCCAAAUCAUAUAUCAGAAGAAACCAAAGUAGAUGAUGUAGCCCUACCUCAACAAAGUGGUCCAGAACAGGGUUCUUAUGAAUGUCCACAAUGUGAGAAGAGCUUUGCUUACAUGGGUAACCUCAAACGCCAUAUCAAAAUGCACCACGGAGAAUACAGGCCAUUCAAGUGUAACCUGUGUACUAAAAGAUUUUGGGGAAACGACAGUCUAGAGCAACAUUUCAAACGUGUACAUACUCAGGAAAGGCCAUAUGCAUGUGCACAUUGUGAAAAGAAGUAUUCUGUAUGCUAUGACCUGCAGAAACAUGUACGUGCAGUCCAUGGGAAGGAUAUUGAUUGGGAAGGGGACAUACCAACAAGACCAGACACAGAAGUACAAGGUACACACAAAGUCACUGGGAUCAAAACAGUUCAUCUAGAGCAGCUCAAUUACAAAUGCAAGUUUUGUAGUAGAGGCUUUGCUACAGUUAAUGGACUGGGAGUGCACCUUAAAAUGCAUUUUAGGUGCAAAAUCUGCCUAAAAGGCUUUAAUACUGAAGAUUCAUUGAAAAUCCACAUGAAAAAAGCUCAUGAUAUGGGUUUGAACCAAGAAUAUGUAUUGUAAAUGAUAAAACUAACAAAAUUCUGUACCUAUCUUCUCUUGCCGAAAAUAUUUGUGCUUUUUGUUUUAAAAAAAGGUUUAUUAAUUUUUUUCCUAUAGUGCUACCAUAGUGCUCCCAUUUUCUUCAAAGAAAUCUAAGAAAUUAAAAUGUGAUACAAAUUCAAUAAUAUCAAUCAAAUUUUCUUAUUUUAUAGAAAUGCUAUCCAUGGAAGCCAUAAAUAUAUGUAAAAAAAUGUUAAUUUUGAAAAUUUCAUCAGUAUUAUUUUCAAUCCAAAGUCCCAAUUUUUAUAACAUUUACCCAUUUGUAAAUAAAUGUCAUAUUGUAAAAUGUCAGGUCUUGGCUAAAAUUUCAAUCAUUUUGUAUUAAAUUGUUAGUAAUCAACAUUCUUAAAAAGUUUUCCAAUUGUUUGUGUUGAAAUACAGAAGCAUAUUUAAGCUUAUAUUAAUAUAGUUUUAUUUAGUAUUGGCAUAAUAUGACAAGAUCAUUGGUCUUCCAUUUUAUUUUUAUACGAAAGCCAAACUUAAAUAAAUGCUUGAACUUUUAUCAUAUUAAACAUGUUAAACCAAUUGUUAGUGUGUUUAACUGUCAGUAAUAAGGCACCGGUGUUGCAGUGUUGUUGAUGUCAUCUGUUUGUUUAUAUACUGUUUUUUUUUUUUUUAAUAGAAAUCCAUUUUUUUUUAUAUUUUGUAUAAGAAGAUAAACAUGUUAGUUAUUAUAAUUUUUGGACUUUACUGUUAGUUUAUUAUCUGAAUUAUUAAUGAUUUGUUCAUGUAUAACUUCUUUCAACAGAAGUUGUGUAAUUCUUUUGUUUUCAAGUUUUGUUGACAUUCCAAAUAUGUAAAUGAUUUGUUCAUGUAUUAUUUUAUCUUUCUUCACAUAUUUUCAUCUGUUUUCACCAUUGAAAAAGGUCUUUCAGUCUUGCUGGUGCAUUUUAAAAGGAAAUUCAAAACACCUUAUCCUAUUAGUAUUUGAUCACAAAACAUGAAUGAUGUUCCCAUAAAAUUUUGAGAUGAGGAAGGAACAAUUUUUCAUGUGUAAAGAUAAGUGACUGUUUAAUGACCUGAAGUUGCAUAAUUGAAAUUAUUUAUGAGUUGUAUUCUAGAUAUUGAGGAAAAUACAAUUGUUUAAUUUCAAACAACAAAGACAUAUUUUUUUGCUAAGAUUAAUAACUAAACAAUAAUAAUAAUAAUUAUAAUAAUAUUAAUAAGAUAUUAUUUGUAACAUAUUUUCCAUUCUGGGUUAUAGAUUUUUAUUUAGUGAUGAUGGACCUUUCCAAAUUUUAAGAUAAAAGUGUAUUGUACUGGUAUAUAUUUUAUUAGUCCCCUACAGACGAAUUCGAAGGGGACUUUAGGUUUGCACUCCUUCCGUCUGUCUGUCCAUCCGUCAGUUCAGCAAAUCAGUUUUCCACCCUUUUUUUCUUGGUGCUUGAAGAUAUUAAUUUAAUAUUUGGUAUAUUGUUUUAUCAUAACAAGUUACAGAUCAAGUGCGAAUUUUGUUCCGCUCUGAUGAUUUUGUGCAGAGAAAGGUCCUUGGAUUGAAAAAUUCACUCAAAUAAUCAGUUUUCCGCACUUUUUUUCGUCAUGCUUGAAGAUAUUGAUUUUAUAAUUGGUAUAUAGUUUUAUCAUGACAAGUUACAGAUCAAGUUUGAAUUUUGUUCCGGUCUGAUGAUUUUGUGCAGAGUUAUGGUCCUUGCACUUAGAAAAUUCACUUAAAUAAUCAGUUUUGCACACUUUUUUCGUCAUGCUUGAAGAUAUUGACUUGAUAUUUGUUAUAUAGUUUACACCAUGACAAGUUAUAGAUCAAGUUAGCAUUUUGAUUACAAUCAAUUAAGUUAGAUAGGGUCUAAUGACAACAUAAAAGUCACUUGAGUUUAGUCUUUCACAAAUUGAAUUUUGUCUUUUAACUGAAUAAAUGGUUGAUUGAAAACAGUUUGAAAAUAUGCCGAAAAUUGUCUAUUUCAUUGUUUGUAUUUAUGUUAAUAUAUACCUUUUUCUGACAAUUAUACCCUGUUCACAAUGCAACAAAAUUGAUGUAAUUUCAAUAAGACAUUAAGGAGAUUUUGAGUUCACUCAUAUUCCAGGUUUAAUCUUCAUUAGAUGUGUACUCAUCAGAUCGGUAAACACUACUUUCAUGAGGUUGUCUGACAUGAAAAUUCACCCAAAUCUGACAUGCAUUUGGAAUUAAGGUUAUUGUGACCUGUAAAUUCAGAGUAAAUUUGGAUGAACUAAUGCAUAUGAACACAAACAGGGUGCCAUAUUAGAUGAGAAAUUGAUAAGUAUUGUACAUCAGAUUUAGUAUUUGUGAACAGGGUUUAAGAUUGCUUGUUUGUAAAUUGACAUAUAUAUGUUACAUAUAGGAAAUAGAUUUGGGGGCAUCAGUGUGUACAUGUUACAAUUUUAAAGCUUUAAUCACAUUAUACUUAUGAAGUUUUAAGUCUGCAGACUUUGAUGUUUCUGUUCAUUAAUUAAUGAAUAUCCAGGCAGUAAUUAUUUUACAAUUAAAAUGUGGUUUUAAUUAAAGGUAAUGACUUAGUUAUGUAAAAAUUAAACAAUGUCAUUGCUGCAAUGACUUUUGAAAUUUUUAACAUCCAUUGAUUAGCUGUCAUGAAUGAAUAAGGUUACCUUUUAUUGAAUUAGUAGUACUUUUUAAUUGAAGUUCAAAUUAAUGAUUUGUUGGAAUGAGAGAAAAAACUGCCAUCUCUGUUUUGUUAUUGUAAAGUAAUAUGACAUUAUAGCGUGUAAGAUAUGUAUUCAAGAAUGACAAACAAGAGAUAUUGUUGAAGGAAAGAAAAGAGGGGGCAUUUUUUUAUCUCUUUUGUUAUUUUUACACAUACUGGUAUAUGGUUUUAUUUGACUUGCAAUGUAGGCAAGAUGUUGUUUUAAAUGUAACAGGAUUUUUUGAGUAACAAUCCAUAUAAUUUAUUAAAGGAAAAUUGUAGGGGGCAUUUUACCAUACAGUUACUCCUAAUUUUUAUUGAGUUUAUUUGUACAAGCAUUACUAUUACUUUUAUGUACUCAGAUAUUUAUAACAAAUAUAUUACAAAUGAGUUAUAAUGGAACCAGGUACGUGUAAGGUCAGACUCAAAAUUUGGAAAUAUUGAUAUUUUUUUUUUAACUUGGAUAUCUAAAGCUUAAGCAUUUUACAUAUACAUAAAAAUUAUCUGGCUAAAACACUGCUACAUCAAAGAAAAAUAAACCACAGUCAGGAAUAUUGUCACUGAUAAUAAGUAGUUCAAUCCUGAUAUUGAAUUUCAAGAGUAGUGAUGGGGGCCACGGUGGCCAAGUGGUCUAAGUAGUUCUACUACUGUAAUCACUAGCCAGUCAACACUGAGGUUGUGAGUUCGAACCCCGCUUGUGAGGGUGUACCCCGACUCCAAUCUUAAUUGACUAGGAUUGUCAUUUUUCCUAUGAAGGUCAGUGGUUUUCACUGGGCACUCCGGCUUCCUCCACCAAUAAAAACUUGCCGCCACGAAAUAGCCCAAAAGUGGCGCUUAAAAGUGGCGUUAAAACACCAACAAUCAAUCAAUCAAUCAAGAGUAGUGAUAGCUGAUGGGCAGGUACUAAAGCUAAACAUAAUAACUUUGUUAUUAUAAUUCAGAGAGGCAAAAAUUAAUUCACUAUUUUGAGUUUGACACUCAAUUUAAUGAGAUGAACUAUUUGAAUGCUGCAUAAUUUAAAAUUAUAAAAUAUUUUGGAAACAGAUACUUAUUGGUGGUUUAGGAAAAAAAGAAAUAAUAAUGCUGGCAUUUAAGUAGCAGGAAAUAUAUCCUUCAUUGUAGAUAUGCUUGUUAUAUUACUUGCUUCUUAAAACUUUAGUUACAGGAAAAUAAAUUCAAGUACCAAAUAUUGGCUGUGCGAUUUGAUUAUCAGAGGACUCAGUUAGAAGUUUCUACAGGGGUCUGUUGGAAUGUACAAAUGUUUAAAAAUAAUAGUUCUGUAUAGGAACAGAUGUAAUGUGUACUUGAAAAGGACAGUUUGGAGUUAAUUCAAUGAAUUUUCUACCUUUUUGAGUAUUAAAUUUGUUACAUAUGUAACUUUUUGAUUCUAAUUUAACAUCAUUGAUUUUUGAUAUAAAUUAUGACAAAAUAUUAACUUUUUAUUCCAUUAUCUAGGAUGCUUAAAAAUGCUAUCCAUCAGAAGUGGUCUCACUAGAGGUUGUGUCUUUUUCUAUGCAAGCUCAAUAACAACAAAAAUUCAGUGUACUUUGGCCAUCACUUGAAAAAAUAUUUCCUUGUGGAUUGACAUAUUACCCAACAAUUAAACUUGAAAGAAGUUAAUGUGCUAUACAUGUAUAAUCAUGAUGGCAAUAUUUAUAGGACUUGUUUUCAUGUCAUUAAAUAAUUUUUUUAAUAUCUGUUACUUGUAUUAUUUUUGAAGAAUUCAAAAUUCUUUUCAAUUGAUUGUAAAUAGUAGAUUUUCAUUAGAAUUUUCAUUGAGUUAACUACAGGGCAUUAGAGAGUGAUUUGUUAUGCAGAAACUAUGUUAAUCCAGUUUUAAUUAAAUUUACUAGAGAGAUAUAUGUUUUUUUAUUAAAAUACUGAUAGUUUUAUUAUGAUGUGUAAAUAACAAAUUUAUAUUGUUGAUGUUUAAUAUUUUUCAGAAAAAAAUCAUGACCCAAUUAAAGCAACGAAGGCACGGUAUAUAAAAGAUUCAAUUACAACGACGCUCACUAAAUUAAAAAAAAUAAUUAUCAUUUUUAUAUACAUAUUGUGUAUUUGAGGUUCUCCAUAACUGACAAAAAAUUUAAGUUUUAAUCAAGAUGGGAAUAAGAGUCAUGCUACUUAACCACCAAGCAAUUAAUUUUGGAGGCAUUUUUCCACACAAAUAGCUUUUUAAGAAAACCUGAAUGAAAUUAGAUGACAAAAUGGCUACAGGUAUAUUAAUGCUAGAGAUAUAGCACAUUUUGCAUGCAUCAUAAAGCACAAGUGCACUUAGUAUGAAGGGCAAUUCCUCCCAUUUGCAGGUAACUAUUAAGGCUAGUUUUACUGCCUUAAUAAUAGUUCAUCCUGUAUUACAAUAUUACUCUAUGUUAGGGCUUUAAUAUUUAUAUUACUUGAACAUUUUUGCAGUUGUGUAGUGAUACGAUAUUGUCGUUACCAGCUGCCUGUAGAGACAAUGGUUUUCAUUUGACAAUUUGUUCAAGCUGAUCAAUUCUUCUCUAAAACAUGUGUGCAACUUUCCAUUGAUGACAUGGUUUUUUCAUAUUACUGAGCCCAGCAUAGCUAUUUAUCAAUUAUAACCUUAGCUUACAAAAAAUAUUUGAUUGUAUAUUUGAUUUUAAAUGAUUUUUGAAGGUGACAUAUUUGUUAUAUAUAAUUUAUUAUAAAUAUAAGAUAUAACUGAUUUUAAUGAAAAUUAUAGUAAAUUAAAUUUUAUGUCUGCAAUUUGCUUUUCAUUAAAUAGAUUUCAUAAAAUAAUUUGUAAUAUUUGAUAUUUAAAAAACAAGAUAUGUAAAAAAUUGUUACUAUUAUGAUUCUAUAUAGUGAGUUGUGAAAAAAAACUUGAGAACAUAGCAAAGAAAAUUAUCUUCUUAUAGUGCGUCUGCAUUUUAUUUUAACUAUAUUGUAAAUGAUAAUAUAAUUCCAAUCAAAAUUCACCCUUAGUCAUAAGAUUCAAUUUAGUAAAAUGUAAAAAUGCUGCUCAUGUUAUAUUUGGGUAAAAAUAUUAUUGAUUACAAAUUUGGAACUGCUUUACUCUUGUUUUCAUGAUAAUUUUUUUUUGCUAUAUAUUUGAUGAUACAACCAGUUUGAAAUCGCAAUGUAACAUUCACAAGGAAAUUGGUUGUGAAUGUUAUUUUAAAGGUUGUGCUAAAAGAGAGCAUAUUUGAAGAAAAAAAAAUUGUCCAAGGUUUUAAUUCAUUAUCUGUGAAAAAAAACCAAUAUAUAAAGUUGAGAAUGUGUUCUGAAAAGUGUUAUAUAUAUAAUAUUUAGUAUGCAUUUUGGAAAAAAAGAAGCUAUAAUUCACUAGUAUCUUUAAAAUACAAGGAGAAUAUAUCAGACAGUGUCUUUUUUAAACUAUUUUUUUUUCUAAUAGAUAUUUUAGUUUUGAAAUUUUUCUGAAAUAAAAAAUAAAAUGCAAAAGACAAUGUAUUUCUAAAUAAGGCCGCACUUGUGAUAUAAUUUGUAUGACUUAUAACAUUCCAUUCACUUAAUUGUUUCAAGACUAUAAUUGUAAAUAAUUAAGUCACACUUGGCUUUUAUGGUGUCAUAAACCGUGAUUGAAAUGAGAGGAAAUUUUAUACUUAAUAAUUCAUCAAACCAUUUUAUUUUGAACUCUGAACAUUUUGAUAUGCAUGUGUUAACUGAUUAUUAACAUUUAGAAAGCUAAGUAUCACAUAAAACACACUGAAUAUUAUUAUCUUUUUGGCAAACAUGAUAUGCAUUCAACCUGAAUAUCAGAAAUCAGCAAAUCAAAAUUGGAAGGCUACAAAUUAAGCCACAAUAAUUGUUUUUAGAUCCCACCUAAUGAUAUUUAUAUAUUUGUGCAUGUAUAGGGUUGACAAUUUGCAAAUGUUUAAAGCAGGCUUCCAUUUAAUAGGUACUCUUUAUACAUUACACAUUUUUUCAAAAUAUUUUCUAUGCAAUUUAUGAGUUGUACAUUUUAUUCAUUAUAUAUUUAUAAAGAUAUGCACAUUAUGUAGUUUGAUAUCAAUAUCAUUUUAUAACAUUAAUAAAACUUUUUAAAACAA